AUGGCCCAACAUGUCCAUCCAAUGGAAGGGAAUAUCUACAGACCCACUCAGCCGGUACCAGGGGAUACACCAAAGAUCCGGGGCUAUGACUUUAACAAGGGAGUGGACCACCAAGCCCUGAUACAGUCGUACCUCACCACAGGCUUCCAAGCCACUAAUUUUGGCUUGGCUGUCAAGGAGAUCAACAACAUGAUGAAGAAACGUCAACAGCCAGUGAAUGCAGCGAAUGGCGCCGUCACAGAGGAUCCAUCCACCUGCCCAUGCCUCAUGAGCUGCACCAUCUUCCUAGGUUACACCUCAAACCUCAUCAGCAGCGGAUUGAGGGAGACUAUCCGCUACCUUGCGGAGCACAGAAUGGUGGAUGUCUUAGUGACCACCGCUGGAGGUAUCGAGGAGGAUCUGAUCAAGUGUUUGGGCCCGGUUUACGUUGGAGAUUUUACUCUGUCUGGAGAGGAUCUGUAUAAAAAGGGCCUCAACAGGACUGGGAACACUCUGAUGCCUGAGGAAAACUAUGAAAAAUUUGAUAAAUGGAUGAGGCCAAUCUUGGCGCAGAUGCUCGUGGAGCAGAACACUCAGGGUGUUCGCUGGACUCCGUCUAAGAUGAUCCACCGACUGGGCAGAGAGAUCAACAACCCUGACUCUGUUUACUACUGGGCCUACAAGAACAACAUCCCAGUUUUCAGCCCUGCCCUGACAGAUGGUGCCGUGGGAGACAUGUUGUACCUCUUCUCAGCUGAGAACCCUAGUUUGAUACUGGAUGUAAUAGAAGAUAUUGGAAGGUUGAACAACCUUGUGUUAGCUGCCAACAGCACUGCAGUGAUCAUCCUGGGAGGAGGUGUAGCCAAACAUCACAUAUGCAAUGCCAAUGCCUGGAGGGAAGGAGCUGACUACGCGGUGUAUGUGAACACAGCUCAGGAGUUUGAUGGUUGCGACUCAGGAGCUCGACCUGAUGAAGCCGUGUCCUGGGGCAAGAUCCGCAUGGAUGCUAAACCUGUGAAGGUGUUUGGAGACGCCACCAUCAUCUUCCCCUUGUUAGUGGCAGAAACCUUCGCAAGAAAACAAGAUGAAACCAAAUAA